AUGGCGUCUUUCCUAUACUCAGGCCCAGCUUCGGCCAUGCGAAAGCAGGCCACUACCAUCUCCCUUCGCGUCAAUUCUGCACAGUCCGUGGCUUCCGUUCAGACAUGUAGUUCAUUUUCCACAUUAUGCUCUCAGACAAGGUUGCAAGCUUCACAUCGUCCUCAAUGCGCUCUCUCUUCUCUCCCUACCCGUCAAAGCCGCACCUUCCUCACGCAUCUCGGCCGUCAAGCGCAAGCCUUGAAAGAACAACCCGCGGCUCCAUCGGCAACCCCAACCCCAGGCAAAUCACCCAAGAAGCCUACCCCGACUCUGCAGCUCACCAACCUCCCCUACUUCGUCCGCCGCACUGCCUCCAACCAGCUGCCUGUCUACCUUGUCACAAAGGCCGGCGGCACCAAGCAACUUACCAAGAUCCAGAAGACCGAAGGUGAUCUGGAUGCGCUCCGCAACGAUCUGGCUUCUGCUCUGGGCGUUGUUGAUGGCAACAAGCCCAACCCCGACGUUACUCUCAACCGACUCACCGGCCACAUCAUCGUCAAGGGCUGGCGCAAACCCGAGAUUCUGAACUUCCUCCAAGAGCGGAAAUUCUAG